CAUGCGCGGCGCAGGGGCGGGGCCGCAGCCCCUCAGCCGCAGCCGCCAUGUCCGUGGCGUUCGUGCCCGAGCGGCUGCGCGGGGCGGCCGAGGUGAACCAGGAGACGCUGCAGCGGCUGUUGGAGGAGAACGACCAGCUGAUCCGGUGCAUCGUGGAGUACCAGAACAAGGGCCGCGCCACCGACUGCGUGCAGUACCAGCAUAUCCUGCACAGGAACCUCAUUUAUUUAGCGACAAUUGCUGAUGCCACCCCGCCCAGGACGCAGAAGCCUGUAGACUGACAGCAAUAACUGGAUGUGACCAGUGCUGCUUUCAGAGACUGUAGAAAUAGUUUAGAGUCCUGCUUUGAAAAACAAGAAGGUGUGGGUUUGAAAAAAGCAGGUAAAAAGUGAUCUGUAUUUGUGUGUUUAAAAUGUGAAUGUAGUUUUCAGUGUAGUAUUAGGCCAGCUUUUCCCCUGUUACUGUAACUAACACAGCUUAAGAAUGAUAAUUAUCACAUUCCCUUUUCCCUCUGAAAAACUCAAUUCAGUGUACUUCUGGGAAUAGCCUGGUUGUCAAGCACUAUGGGAAGCAGAGCCCAUUUCAUGAGUAAGGUUCUAUAAUAACAAGGAAAAUGUUACUCUAGGUGAAUCCUGCCUCCAACAUGACAUAUAUAAAAGCAGUAAACUCUUGGAUCCUGUAGCAGAACAAUUGUGCUAAAUAAACUAAAUAUGUUCUUUGUAAA